CCGAGACCCCCGACGCCGCCGCCGCCUCCUUCGAGCGGGGCCCAGGCCCAGCCGCUGCCACCGCUGCCGCCGCCGAGCUCUGCCGCCGCCGCCGCCGAGCACCAUGGGAGACGCCGGGAGCGAGCGCAGCAAAGCGCCCAGCCUGCCGCCUCGCUGUCCCUGCGGCUUCUGGGGGUCCAGCAAGACUAUGAACCUCUGUUCCAAAUGCUUUGCUGAUUUUCAAAAGAAACAACCAGACGAUGAUUCCGCUCCAAGUACGAGUAACAGCCAAUCAGAUUUGUUUUCUGAAGAGACCACCAGUGACAACAACAAUACCUCGAUAACCACGCCAACUCUUAGUCCCAGCCAGCAGCCGCUUCCGACAGAACUGAAUGUAACUUCACCAAGUAAAGAGGAGUGUGGGCCAUGCACAGAUACAGCUCAUGUCUCGUUAAUCACACCAACCAAAAGAUCCUGUGGUACAGAUUCACAGUCUGAGAAUGAAGCUUCGCCAGUGAAACGGCCACGACUACUGGAGAGUACUGAACGAUCUGAGGAGACCAGCCGAUCUAAACAGAAAAGUCGACGUCGGUGCUUCCAGUGCCAAACCAAACUGGAGCUGGUGCAGCAGGAACUGGGAUCAUGCCGCUGCGGUUACGUGUUCUGUAUGUUACAUCGCCUCCCCGAGCAGCACGACUGCACGUUUGACCACAUGGGCCAUGGCCGAGAGGAAGCCAUCAUGAAAAUGGUGAAACUGGACCGGAAAGUGGGGCGCUCUUGCCAGCGCAUUGGGGAGGGGUGCUCCUGAAGGCCGGUGCGGCCGCCGCGAGACGCUGUUCUUAGUUCACUAAUGUUAGCCUUAUUUAGGACAAAGUCAGCCAGACACCUUGUACUGGGCACACGUCAGACUACAGCCAGUCCGUUUCCUUUCCUUAGCCAGCCAUCCUGGUACUGUAGUUUAGGGGUUGAUGGUGGUUGAAAUUGAUUUCUGGCUGGUUACUAAGGUGCCUGCUAGCCAUUGUAUAAAAUUAAAACAUGAAGAAUA